GACACUGAGAUGAAAGAGGCUGAGCCUAAGAAGGAAAGAGAUCUGCAAUAUAACGUUUAUAUGUUCGAAGAUCGCAAGCGUUAUUUUUAUUUCUUAAAGGAAAGACUCAUGAAACCAAAGCAAGCAGCCAUAGCAGCCAAUGUCAAUUACGACACUGCUCGCAAGUGGAAACAAACAUAUGAGGAUUAUCCUGAGAGAAAUAUCCCAGUUAAAAAA